ACACGGACGAGAUGGACUUAGCGAGCACUUUUCUCAUCAUAAACAAAGACGGAGAUUAUUUUUGACGCCACAGCCUACUAACGAUACGUGGAUUUAUAUUUCUAUCUUUGCCAGACUCACAUUUGUUUCGGGUAAAAAGGAAGAGUCUGUGUGCGGUGAGAGGAAUGGAUGCGACGGCUGAUUUCAUGCGACAUACACCGGCCAGCUAGGAAACCUCCACAUUCCCCUCUAAAGACCCACCUGAGUGCCCCUUAAACUGUCCAGUCUAUCUUUUGUGUGCUUUAGCUUGUGACUACAAUAUCUGCAAAGUCAUUUUAAUUAGUGGGGAAAACAUACAUCCAAGUGCCAGAGGACUGUGGCUAACAGCUAAGCUAACCAACGGAGCUAGCUGGAUUUCGCUGUUUAAUUUGAUUUCACCUUGUUGAAUACAGUCGUUUUUUAAAUCUUCUUUAAGUUGGAUUAAUACGUGUGUGUUGUUGCGUGUGUGUAUAUAGGCGCUGAUUACAAGCUUGAGCCUCUCUUAACUAUAGCUUGAUUUCUUUUUUUUAAAGGACAUAAAUCAUCUGACUUGUCACGUAUGGCUCGUUAGUAUCACGCUACUGCAGCUAAGUUAGCCGUCAGACACUUCUUGGCCUUUUUUUUAUUUAAGAAAUUUAACUCUCCAAAAGUAAAAGAUGCAUCAUCAGGACUUUCCUGGCGAUCCGCCCGGCACCGGGACUAGGAAACCCGCUUUCCACUACCGAAGGGGCAGCAGUGGUGCGUCUGCCUCCUCCUCAGCAGCCGGUGGAGGUGGAGGUGGAGGAGCUAACGUGGUGGACGACACUUCAACCCAGGCUGGGUCCUCUUCUCCGGGACUCCACCACCACCAGCAGCAGCAGCACCAGGCUCAAUCCCAAGUGUCUGGAGCUCAGGUGAAGAAGAAAAGUGGCUUCCAGAUAACGAGUGUCACCUCGGCUCAGAUUAACGUGAGUGGCAACAACAGUUUAGCUGAUGACACUGAGAGCUACGAUGAUAUGGAUGAGUCACACACUGAAGACCUCUCUUCCUCUGAGAUGCUGGAUGUUUCUGUGUCCAGGGCCACAGACACUGGUUUGCCAGAGAGAAGCUCCUCCGAUGAGACCUUAAACAGUCUUCAUGGGGUUGACACACCCGGCAUUGUGUCCCCCAACGAGCCUAUUCAUCCUCAUUCAAUCCCCCACGGCUCCCAGCAGCAUGCCUCCAUGGUAAACGGGACCGUGCAUCAAUACUUUUCCCAGCAGCACAGCCAGCCCCACCAUCAUCACUCUGACAGCUUGGGAGGAGGUGAGCCUCCAUUGCCAGCUCUCCCUGUCGCUCCCUUGGCUAGCUCCAGCCCAGCUAUGGCUUCCAAAGCUGGGACUAGUCAGUCAACCCAGUCACCAGCUAAUGUUGGUGGGGCAGCCACUGAUCUACAAGGUGGUGUGAACAUUUCUAAUGUGUCUGCUGUCCCUGCUUUUCCUCCCUCUGGGCCACCAGGGUUUGACAAUACAAGUGUGAGUGGGCAAGUAGCUCCUGCAGGAACAGGUCAGCCUGCUGCCGCUGCCCCCAGCACUCAACCCCAGCACACCCAAACUCAGACAGCCACCGGCUCUCGUUUCAGGGUGGUAAAACUAGACACUAACUCUGAGCCUUUCCGCAAAGGAAGAUGGACGUGUACAGAGUUUUAUGAAAAGGAAGUUCCACCUGCAACUACAUCAGAGGCUCCAAAAGUUGCAGAGGUUGCUGCAGAGACUGAGGCAGGUAACACUGGUAUUAGUCCAGGACCACCUGCUGUGCAACCACCUCACACGCUGCAGCCCUAUCAGCUGCCAAGCCAGGACUUCACUAGUCCACAGGCCAUGCAGAGCCCACCACAGGCACUAGCACAAACCACCCCGCUCACCUAUGUGUCACCGCAGGAGGUGGUGGGUGGAGCUCACGUUCAGAAACCAGUUGCUCCUGUCACUGUCCCUCCUGUAACGCCACAGGUGACAGCACAGGCCGGUGUGAAUCAGCCACUCCCUGUGAUGCCCCAGCAGUUACCCUAUGUUGGGCAACCCCAGGGAGGCUACCCUGCACCUCAGCUCCAUACAGGGGUAGUGGCCCAGGGUAGCAUCCGGCAGCCAGACUUUAUCCAGCCCACUGCUCCAUUCCAGACGCAGGUCCAGCCUCCGCUGCCGCACGUUACAACGGGGAUCGCUAUACCUCCAGGUCCCGGGGUCACAGCGCAGCCACCCCUUCAAGGUCAGGUGGUUCCAUCUGCUUUGACGUUUCCUCAACAGACCCUGCCAGCUCAGCCCCAACAACAUCACCCACAGCCCCAAGCCCAGCCCCCAUCCACUGCCCCAGUCCCAGGACCACCCAGCCACACGACCCCAUACAUGCCUCUGACUGCACUACAAGCUGACCUCCAGCCCAUCCUCACCCCAGGCGCGACCCUCACCCAGGGUGUCGGAAUGAGCUCCCUAAAAACCUCUCACCUGGAGGACGCCCAAAAGCUUCUGUUCCAGCACCCAACCCUGCUGGGUCUGCCCAAACUGGGUUCUGCUGAGGCCGUUGGCGCUGUGGGAAGCCUGGUGCACAUGGGGAUGUCAGCUGAGGCCAGCGCCUUCAUGGCUGUGGCUGCUGCAGGCCUCAGGACUCAGCAUGCUGAAGGAGACGAGGACAGCUCCUCUGGUGCAAGUGUGGUGGCCAUUGAUAACAAGAUUGAGCAAGCAAUGGACCUGGUGAAGAGUCACCUCAUGUACGCCGUGCGCGAGGAGGUGGAGGUGUUGAAAGAGCAGAUCAAAGAGCUGAUGGAGCGCAACACUCAACUGGAGCAGGAGAACAACCUGCUCAAGAACCUGGCCAGCCCUGAGCAGAUGGCUCAGUUCCAGGCUCAGGUCCAGACCGGCGGCUCCCCAACCGGCAACUCCCAGCCUCCGGUCCCGGGCUCGGUGGGAACAACACAAGCCCUCCCCCCUACACAGAACUCCGGCACAUCAGCGUAACCCGGAACUAGAAGAGCCACUUGAGGAUUAGAGAUGGAAGGAGGAUGAGGAGGAAGAAGGCUCGCCAUACUGUGAACUGACUCUAGCCGACUAUGCCACCGCCUCGAGGAGCACACACAACAAUCACCCGGAGAACGACAAACAACUUCAUUUUGUUGCACAUUUUUAUUUAACUCAGAAACUGUGGAGUUGCACCGGCGUGCGUGUGUCUAUUUUGUCUCCAACUUUUACCUGCUUAAGACAAUCGUUGUUGUCGUGGUAACGAGGGAAAGGACUGAGCUGACAGGCGACCCUGCAGCGGUGGAGGCCGCCGCCAUUGUUCAGGGCCCAUCCAAGGAGGGAGGAGCUAAAACGGGGCCCCACCAAUCAGGGGGGAGCUGCACGCUGCACGCUUUUGUCAGUGCUGUCGAAUCCCCUCAUCGUGUGACCCAUGGAAAAGUGUGCCAUCGUCUUGCCCUGCCCCGCUUCAACCCAGCGCUAUCCAUCUGCACACACUUUACUCUUCUUUCAUUUUUUUAGUGUUUUCAGAGCUGUGGUUAAUGCACUUUUCUUUUUUUCUUUUUUUUUUUUCGUCAGCCACAUCUUUCACAAAGACGACAGCGGACUUAACUUUUAAAAAGGACAAAACACAAGAUUUGCGCGCCCCAUCUGGAAUGGGGGAAACAAUUAGUCUGGGUUGAGGAGGGGGUUUAAAAUAUAAUGAAAUAUAUAUUAGCAGCGCCUCAUUGUUCACUUUGAGAACUUGAUGUUCCUUUUUCGAGGUUGACGUUGCUGUCCCCGCCCCUUAACGCGCGCUCUCCCCGUCUUCGAUGGAGCA